AAGGAGAGGAAGUGAGGGAGAGCGAGAGAUAAAGAACUGAGAGAGGGAGAGAAAGAGAGCAGCAUUGCCAGAGGGGGAUUUCCUGGCUCCUCCCUUGUCCCCUCCCUUGUCUCCUCCCUCGUCUCCUCCCUCCUCUAUCCUAGCUCCUAACCUCCUAACACACUUCUGCAGCCGCACACAGAGGCACAACCGCAUGGACCCAAAACAUGAACUUUAAAAAGACUUUGUAGCCGAGAUGUCGCUGACGUUUGUGAGUUUGAAUCCCUGAAGACGAGCUGGGACCUGUGUGGGACCUGUGUGCACACAACAUGAACAACGUCUGUGGAGGAUUUAAACCUGAAACAAUGAACACAGUUUGAAAAGAGACGAGAAAAAACUGCAGGAAAAAUGAAUCCGGACUCUCUGGACUCGUCCAUCCAGUCGCUCCUCUCGUCCCUGUUCCCUCCGUUCGAGCUCACAGCUCCGGUCGUGCUCAGUCAGCUCUUCAGGACCAUCGAGGAGCGUUACCAUGGAGACGCCCUGCACUGCCUCCUUGACUUCCUCAUCCCGGCCAAACACGUGCUGGAGAGUGUCCAGCAAGCGGCCUGCGCAGGUUUCUGUGACGUGGUGUUCAGGUUUGAGGGCUGGCCUCUGUGUCUUCAUGAUCAGACUGUGGUCCAGCUCGCUCCGGUCAACCCUCUGCUGCUGCGCCCGGGAGACUUCUAUCUCCAGGUGACACCGUUCGGAGACCAGGCCGCUCGCAUCGUCCUGAAGAGCCUUCUGGAGGAGGGGUGCAGGGAGGUAGAGGAGACCCCAAUACCCGAGACGUCUUACCCGAUUAUCUUCACCCUCGAGUGGCUGCAAGAACUCAACGAGGGGCGCCACGGAGUGCCACUGUCCCGCUGCCUCCUCUGCACAGACCAGGGAAUCCUCAAACUUCCCUGGGACAAAAUCGCCGUUCCUGAAUUCAUCGAUAAACCUAAAACUGUCCCGAUAAUGCCUCCUAUUUGCCCAGAUCCUGAACCUAAACCCUUCGCACAACAUUUGAAAUACAACUCUUCAACGCUACCACUCGAAAUGCAUCAUCCCGCCAAAUACAAAAUGUCCGCCUCUCUACGACACCCGCAGUAUUCGUCGCGAGUGAUCAAACCAGACAAGAAAUCCAAAGCACAAGUGAAGCCUGUGGGAUGGGUGUCUCCGAAUACGUGGGACAGACCUACGGACAAGGGAAUCGAAGGGGAUUAUGUGGACUUGGUAGAGAUCGCAAAAGAGAAGGAACGCUUGGGUAAAAAUGAGAGAAAAGUACAUCCGGGACUGAUUAAAGCGUUCCGACCUCCGCAGCCUAAACUCGGAACGCAGUGUCUCACCGCAACUCUGCAGUAUUCUGAAAAUCCGUUUGUGCCGUGUGGGGAUUUUGGGAUUUCAGAUGAAGAAUUGAAGAAUAGGUACCGGGAGUCUUACAUGGCGGCUUUGAAAAACCCAGUUGCCCUAGAAAAAGGGAACGUUGACUUUCUAUCUUCUCUCGAUGAACUUAAAUAUUUGGAACAAAUUCAAAACAUGUCCAUUGACACAUCCAAUUUCAAAAAAGAGCGUCUUGGAACAUCUUUGGAUCAUGGUAAAGACAUUUCCAACCAGGAACUUUGCCAGUUUAAGGAAUUCUGCGAACCCGCUACUGUAAGAUAUGCCAGCCACCUUAAAGACCUCAAGAAAGCAUCCGAAUUGUCAAUUUGCACAAAUGACAUCGCAAAAAAGGAUAAUUUGGAUUCGGAUUUUGGAGCGAUUGGGUUUACGGAUGCUGUUUCGGAAGGUUUUGAGAAGAAAUCAGACUUUGUGAAGGCAUCGGGAAAGCAUAAAUUCAAGAUAAGGUCAUUGUCGGCGGCGGCGUCAGAGGGGCUGAAGGGAAUACCGCUCCUCCACAGCAGAAGUCACAGUGAUGUUGGCCCUGAGACAAUGGACAGUUUGAGGCAGAGAGAGACGAGGGCAGAGACGGAGCUCAGAGCAGGGACAGAGGAGCCGAGGAAGUCCCUCCUCCAAACCGAGUCCCAGUCCAAUCCCAGUGCUCCAGAGCCUGAAGCCCCACCCCUACAGGCUCUGCCCCCUCCUGAGUCUGUGUGCGCUGAACCCUCUGCUCCACCAGAAGAGGGUGCUCUCACAUGUAUCACUCCACUGCUGCAGCUGGGCGUCGUGUGUCUGCCAGGCAGCAGGGACAGAGCGGGCCGGGCUGCGGUGGAGGUUUAUGGAGACAGAGACGAGUGGUGCCACCCUCUGGUCACUGCUCAGAACAUCUGCAAACUCCUGCUCCACCUGCACUCCCUACCCAGGAGGGAAGUGUCAGACUUGGGUUUGACUCUGAUCAUAAACUCCAAGAAGAAGAAUCCUCCUCCUCCAUUUUACCAGGCCCUGCUCAUGGCACAGGAGCAGGCUCUGCACACAGUCCACUGCAUCGUCCAGUUUGUGGAUAAAGACUCCAGUCCAAGACCUGAGAAGCUCAGCGGUCUGCAGAUGGAUGUGGUGUCGUCUCUAAAGUCUCUAAAUAAAACAGUGGAGAGCUGUGAGCUGAGUGCGGCAUUUGGAGGGACGUUUGUGUUCUGCCUCCAGGACUGGCUCCAACUGCACCAGAGAAUAGUUCCUUUCUUGUCAGACCUGAAGGCAGCAGACAGUUUGUUGCAGAGAGCCAUCCAAAAGGUAGAGGGCGCUAGGAAGCUGGAAACUGCUCAGGAGGUGGCGCUGUGUGUGGAGGAGCAGAGGGCUCUCAUGCUGGAGGUUUUGAGGGACCCUGGGCUCGUGGCUCUGCAGAGGGAGGGAGGCUCAAUCCUGGCUCGAGUUCGCAAAGAUCAGCCCCGUUUUCCCCACUCCCAUGACUACAGGGACUGGUUGGACUCGGCGUCUCAGCUCUAUAACACUGUGGAGGAGAAGCUUCAUUCUUUGGUCAUUAAGUCAAACCUGAGUCUGGAGCGCCUGGAGGCACUGCUCUGUCUGCGACAGGCCGAAAGCUGUGUGUCUGAGACUGGAGGCUGGUGGAGCUCAGAGGCGGAGCAGGUUCUGAAGGAGUCAUGGCCUUUAGAGGAGACACUGUCUGCAGCUCAACAAGCACUAGAGCACUUUAAAGUUUUCAUCACCCAGGCCAGAGAGAAGCAGGAGUCUUCCUCUAAACUGAUGAAGAACGCAGUAAAAAUACUUCAGAGUACCACAGAGUCCAGUCCUACUGCAACAGUACUGCACACACUGGUCAGUACUUUCCAAUCCAACAUGGCCGACUUCAUGGUGCGAGCGGAGAGGCGACACAGAGACCUGCAGACUCUGGAGCAGGUGUACUCCUUCUGUCAACAGGUCUCGUCUUUUGCUGAGGAGUGCUCUGACUUCCUGUCCCAACUUGACACCGGCUGCUCCUUGUCUCCAUCUGAUCCCUCUCCUACAUCUGACCCCUCCCCUCCUCCUGACCCCUCCCCUCAGCUCCACAUGUAUCAGUCUAAACUAGGAGCUGAAUUCAGCACCUCACGUUUCCAAUCCAUCAAAUCCCUUAUUCCCUCUUUAACCCCGGGAGCAGCCAGGGUGUGGAAUGCUGCCUGGGAACGCCGCCAAAACGUACAGCUACUUUUGGACCAAAUUCAACUCACGAGAAAGAAUUGUGUAGCUUAUACAAGCAAGAGUUCUGCAGAUUGUCAAGAGAGCAAGCCAACCGUUCAAGAUGGCGCUGUCACGUCUUAUAAGGAGUUGUGUAGCUCUGCAGAUGGACGUAAUCCAAAUGGUGGGAGUGCAAAUGCCAGCGAGGAAAACGGCAAGGACAAAAGUGUUGAAACUGUCAUACAGAAGCCAAGAGAACACAGCAGCGAGGCUGAUUUGACGCAUUGCAAAACUGAAUUCCCCUUCCAAAAACAACUCGGCCGCUCCCUCAGUGAAGGCUCAAAGUUCAAGCCAAAGUUCACGCUCCUCUCUGAUCUAAACGUUUGUCAAAAAGUUCCCAGGGAGGAGCAUCCGAAGUCGGGGAGGAAGCUGUCCCUGCCCUGUAACCCACUGGAGGGUUUGAGAAGGGGCGGAGGCGAUGGAGAGGGAGGGGUCAGUCCCAGAGGUCACCACAUUCCCACUGAGACGAUCCACAGCCCAGCUCAAAACAAUGGAACCAAUGUACAGCGUCUUAGCUGUAUCCUCUCCGAGCUCCUGUCCACAGAGCGGGAGUAUGUGCGUGCGCUUGGCUUCGUUCGGGAACACUACUGUCCGGAGCUGGAGCGACCUGACGUGCCACAGGAGCUCAGGGGCCAGAAGGGGGCAGUGUUCUCAAACCUGGAGAAGAUACACGAAUUCCACCGACAUCACUUCCUCCCAGAGCUGGAGCGGUGCGUGGACGAGCCAAUCAGAGUAGGCCGAUGCUUCCUCAGACAUAGUGACAGCUUCGCCCUGUACGCUCUUUAUAGUAAAAACAAACCAGUGUCCGACAGGCUCCUCAUCGCCCACGGGAAAACCUUCUUCAAGCAAAAGCAGGUAUCCCUCGGCGACCGCAUGGAUCUGUGGUCGUACCUGCUGAAGCCAGUGCAGCGGAUCAGUAAAUACAGCCUCCUCCUCCAGGACGUGCUGCGCGAGUGUGGCCCUGAACACCAGGGGGCGCUGGAAGAGGUGCGCCAGGCUGUGGAGGUGGUGCAGUCUCAGCUUCGCCACGGCAACAACCUGCUCGCCAUGGACGCCAUCCAGAACUGUGACGUCAACCUGAAGGAGCAGGGGGCGCUCUUCCGACAGGGUGAACUCAUGGUGACGUUCCGGAAGAAGAAGUGUCUCCGCCAUGUUUUCCUGUUUCAGGAACUGAUCCUGUUCAGCAAAACCAGGAAGAACGAGGUCGGAAACGAGACGUACGAGUACAAACAGUCCUUCAAGACGUGUGACAUCGGUCUGACUCAGAACUCCGGGGACAGUGGCCUCUGCUUCGAGAUCUGGUUCAGGAAGAGAAAGAGCCAGGACACGUACACGCUCCAGGCUGAGGGCCAAAGCCUGAAAGACGACUGGACUAGAGACCUGGAGAAGAUCCUCUGGGAACAGGCCCUCAGGAACAAAGAGGUGCGCCUGCAAGAGAGACUGUUCCUGGGACUUGGAAAUAAACCUUUCAAAGACAUCCAGCCGAGCGACGCCGCCAUCAACUCCAGAGAGGUCCACUGCGGACUCCUCGGCAAAGACUCCAGAGCUCCCUCCCUUUCCUCCUUCGGGUCAUCGGGGUCACGUGACGUGCUUCCUGUGAUGCGGCAGAAGUCGAUUGGCUCGUGCAGUAGCUCCUCCUCCUCCUCUUCGGGGCGGGGCUCUCUGUCUCCGGGCCGAUACAUGAGCGGGCCACAGGGGGGAUCUGUAAGGGCAGGGCAUCUGGAGGAAGACGAGCUGGACCAGGACAGACACAACCUCCUCUUGGACGGCUCAGAGUGUGAGGGAGAUGACACCUCCAUCUGCUCCUCUGUCAAACACUCAGAGACUGGGAGCACAAGUGUCGGCAAAUCUACAGAGGUGUGAUGUGUCCUCACUGCAGACAUGUUGUUCUGAUCUGAGCAGCAGAACAAGCCCAGCUGUCACUGCAACUAAGACCACUUCAUAUCCACUUUAUGUACCUGCAGCUGUGUCGUGGUUCAAUUCAUAAUGUGGAAAAUGCCUCCAGUGCCUUAAAGGGCCCGUAUUACGCUGUUUUCUGUCUCAUCUAUAUUAUAAUAAUGUUGUUUCCUCAUCACAAAGCGAUGUCGAGUUUCAUUCACAUGUUUAACAGAAAAACCCUGCAGAUUUAAGCUCCUCUCAAACACUCAAAAGGAAAAACUGUUCAUCUGCACAUACUGAGUUGAUAUAGUGAUUAUCAUGACAGGCGUAGCUCACAGCUGUUAGCUUGUGGUGUGCGGUCUCUUCAGUGCAGUCCUAACAUUUAAAAUUUCAUCCGAUUCUCCUCGUGUCAUUGGUCUGCGCUUUUGGUCGCACGUUUAAGACUGAAACAUCCUGGAGUGUGCACCGACCUUAACAGUAAAAGGAGCUGUUAACUUGAAAACUGCCACUUCAUGACAUCACAAGGUGGAACAGAGCAUUUUGAGCAUUGGAGAUGUAGACAGACUAAUAAUAAAGUGUUACUCAAACAUGUGUGAAUGAAACAAAACACAAAUUCAGGUCUGUUUUUGAGGAGGAAACAGUAUUAGAACAUGGAUUAAAACACAAGAGUCCAUUUUGCCUAACACAUGACCUUUAACCUUCCUUACCAUCUGACAUGUAAUCACCAUUAUUAAUGUUAUAGGUUUGUAGUACGAUUUCUGCCUAAUAAACUGCAUACUGACCACUGAAGUGAAAUUAUUCCAGUUUGUCACAUUUUGUCAUAACUUUGGAGCGUCUGUAAUGUUUUUCUUAUGCUCAUUUUGUACAGGUUU